AAAAUAAUAGUAGUGGUAUAAUUCACCUACUAGUUGCAACAAGCACAGUACAAAUUAAAAAUAAUUAAUUCUAAUCUAAAAAUUAAAAAAGAAAAAAGAAAAGUCAGCAAGCGCUGUGAUUCCCGCGAGGCACUCGGGCACUUUUUUGCAAAUUGGAAAAAAAAUGGUGUACGAUCCAUUUCUCUCUAUUAGGGCGGCUGGGCCACUUUAUAACAAGAAAGCCCAAGAUUCACAAAAGAUACGCUUGUCAAUUCUCUCCCAGUGGUGAAUCUGUAAAAUAACGCGAAAACCAGUGGCACUCAUUUGACACAGUCAUCAUCACCAAAGAAUAGAGAAAAAAACAUAAUUAUGAUGAAAAAUUGGUAGGCUGAGAGAAAUCCGAGAAGGGGGUAAGACAGAAUCUGUUUCCAAACAGACACAGCCGUUGUGCCCCGCCACCGCCCCCCCAGUGAUUGCUCCGCCGUACCCAUCCCUCGCCACAAAUACUGUUCAACCAGAUUUCCAGAUAAUUACCAGAGGCUUUUAUUCAAUUAUUCUCGAUUUGGGUUUUUUUUUUUUUUUUGUUUCCCUUCCAUUUUGAUGGCAUCAUCUACAGUUAGGGGUUUGUUAACCUCACCUGUCACCAACCCGUCUCAGCUCCGGUCUUAUCUCCGGCACCUCCAUCAACAACCACCACCACCACCUCCGCCGUUCUCGCACAAUCUCCUCGUCCGGCCUUUGCUUCCGGCCAUCAAGCGUAGAGCCGCCUCAUCUACGGUGGUGAGCUGUUUGAUUUCCGGUGUGGACGGGGGUGGAGUAUCCGACGACUUCGUGUCGACGAGGAAGUCUGGGUUCAGCCGUGAAUUCUCCGUCAUUGCGAAUAUGCUCAAGCGGAUUGAGCCUCUUGACGUCUCCGUUAUUUCCCAAGGCGUGUCUGACGCCGCGAAGGAUUCCAUGAAGCAGACCAUUUCCACUAUGCUUGGGUUGCUCCCUUCCGAUCAAUUCUCCGUUACUGUUAAGGUUUCCAGACGCCCUCUUGAUCGCCUCAUCGUGUCUUCCAUUAUCACUGGAUAUACUUUGUGGAAUGCGGAGUAUCGAAUUUCGUUGAUGAGGAACUUCGACAUAUCUUUGGAUAAUGUGGAAAGGCCUGAACUUUUGGAGGAAAAUGGGGGUUCGCAGCUGAGCUUAGAAGACAGUGAAAACAGGGGAAGUGAAAUUAGACCUGACAGAAGUUCGGAGGAUUUGGAAGGUCUGAAUAUGGAGAGUCUGGGGAAUUUAUCUCCGGAAGUUUUGAGCUACAUUCAGCAUUUGGAAUCAGAGCUGUCUAGUGUGAAACAGGAACUGCAUACCUGUAAACAGGAAAAUAUGCAAAUGGUGUAUGUGAAGAAGAGCAACAAUGAUCUCUUAGAGUACUUGAGAUCUUUAGAAUCUAAUAUGGUUACCGAAUUAUCAAGACCUUCAUCCUCAGAGGUGGAUGAUUUCAUUCAUCAGCUUGCUCAAAAUGUAUUACAAGGAUUUUUCAAAGAAGACCCUGUCUCCUAUUACACGAAAGACCCGGGUAUUGGUCGGAUGGGGAACUAUGAUGAUGCUGCCGAAUGUCAUGAUACUAUUAACACAUCCCGGGACUACUUAGCAAAGCUUCUUUUCUGGUUAGUUUUUUUUCAUUGAUAUGCAAUUACAUUACAAGCUCGCGUUUUACUAUUGACAUUAACAUCUUAAAUGAAGAGAUUGCCCUUAACCUUAAAAGUAGUUUAAAUUCAUGGGACCAAAUGAUGAUAGCUCUCUUUCUGAUAAUGGCAGGUGCAUGUUAAUGGGACAUCAUUUAAGAGGCCUGGAAAAUAGAUUGCAUCUAAGUUGUGCUGUUGGUUUGUUGUAAGUAGAGGAAGCAGGAUGGAAUGUGUAUAUUCUUCAUUUUCGCUCUUAUUCUGCUUCAAAUUUUUGUCUUGUAGAACAGUUGUUUGAGAUGUGUAUCAUGUAUCCUGAAAAGAAAGAAGAAACAAGAUGGAGAAAUUGUUAUCAUUUGUUAAGCCAUGUGUAAAAUAGUGACGUACAUUUCCUUUAUUUUUUUUUUUUUUGUGGCUAGUGCCACCUCGAUAUUUUGAAUUGCAUGUUCUGAAUCGCAGCCGACCACUGCAAAAGAUGAAUAAAAGCAUAUCUGCUUCAUAGGAAUGAACAAAAGUAUACAUUAAACUAUGGUUUUCUAUUUCCACUUUCUGUAUUUUGUCACAUGGUGGAACUCAUUUCAGACAGGAAAAACAAAGAUUCUCGAGCAAAAAAUUCUCGUCUGUACAAAAGAAUGGUGGAAAUGAAGAAUGCUUGUGUUACUAGUCACUACAGUCUGCACAAAUCGUGAGGUGCCCAGAGAUAAUCCACAGGACAAGGCACUCCAUUGUCAAGCCUCACCCAUGGUUUUCCCUUGCCGCUCCAAUGCAGCAAACUAACUGGACCUGAAUGCAAUGAUCUGCAACUGUUCAGAACAUUGUCGCCUCCAAGUCCGUGUUGAUUCCAUCUAUGACUAAUGGCUUCGACAUCUCCACCGAAAACCAGCAAAAAUGGUGGUAGAGAACCUAAGCUGUAAAUCUUUCUUUCCCUCUGUAUUUCCAUCCAGUUCUCAAUGUUCUCUGUGUAGCUUCCCUUUCUCCAUCUCUCCAACUCCAUUAUCAUUACACCUGUAUUGAAAUAACACGGUUUCUUGCCUUCAAAUGUCUUUGAAAGCUGCGGGUCUGACCAGAAAUUGUCGGUGAAGUAAUUGGUGAAGUUGGCGUGACAGUAAGUAGGAGCACCAAUUACUCUGUCUCCAGUCACUCUCACUGACCAUAACUUCUGGAUGUCGUCGGCGAGGAUCACAUCAGAAUCCAGAUAAAUAACCCUUUUCACACAAGGCUCAAUGAUAUCAGCCAAGUAGGUUCUUGCAUAAUUUAAAGGGUUGUCCAGAGCUCGACGAAUUGAAGAAGUUAUCAAACUCCUAACACGCUGUGUACUGAAAGAGUAUACCUUGAAACUCAGAGACGGAAAAAUGGAUCUUAAGAUUACAUCAUACUCCUCCGGCAUAGGUAAGCUAGAAGAAGCACAACCAGAGUCAGCUGCAACAAAAUGGAAGUGAAUGUUUUCCGGGCAAGAAGUAUGCCGGAGAAUGGAGUGAACAGCCGCCACUGUACCUCUAAAGUAAACUGAAUCAAGCGUCAUUGCCACAUGAAUAGCUGAAGGAUCACAAAAUCCAAGUGACUUAUCCAAUGCUUCACAUUGAUUUCCGUUGCCAUAAACCGGCGAUUUCAUAUACCCUCUUGACAACCCUGUAACAUCUCCGGCUGAAUUAGUCCCGGGCAAAGGCCGGCUUUCGAAUACAGGCAGCAGAAGAAGAAGCUGAAGAACUAGCACAACAGCUAAGGAAGUGAUGAUUCGAUAAUGUACCAUGAUUUGAUUUGAAGAUCGCAGGUGGAAAAUUAACUGGGAGAGAAUUUGGUCACAAAGGGUUGAAUGCGCUUACUAUAUAGUACUAAAAAUAUAAAAUGGCUUUGGAUGGAGUAACAAAACGCGUAGACUGAGUAUUCUUAUUAUUGUUGUGUUGAUGUAAUAAUAACGAGUGGGAUGGUGUGAAUUACUAUGAAUUAAAUAUUGUAAUCCCAUUUUUGUAAUGUAAUGUUAGCUUCAAGGAACCUGAGGUUCCUGUACCAAAUGUUGGUUCGUUCAUGC